AUGGGUCCUCAGAUCCUCAAAAGGUUCUACAGCUGCACCAUCGAGAGCCUCCUGACGGUUUGCAUCAUCCCCUGGUAUGGCAACUGCUCGGCCCCGGACCGCAAGGCACUACAGAGGGUAGUGCGUACGGCCCAGUACAUCACUGGCGCCAAGCUUACUGCCAUCCAGGACCUAUUUACCAGGCGGUGUCAGACGAAGCCAGCCACCAACCAGCCUGCCAGCCAGUCAGCCAUCAGCAAGCCAGCCGCCAGCCAUCCAGACACCAGCCACCAACCAGCCUGCCAGCCAGCCAGCAACAAGCCACCAGCCAGCCAGCCAGCAAGCCAGCCACCAGCCAUCCACCAGCCAGCCAGUCAGUCAGUCAGCCAUCCAGACACCAGCCAACAGCCAGCCAGUACGUCACCAGCCACCAGCAAGCCAGCCUCCAGCCAGCCAGUUGCCAGCCAGCCAGCCACUAGCCACCAGCCAGCCAGCCAGCAGCGAGCCAUUCACCAGCCAGCCACCAGCGACCAGCCAGCCAGCUUGGCCACCAGCCUGCAACCAGCCAGCCACCAGCCUGCCACCAGCCACCAGCCACCAGCCAGCCAGACAGUCAGCAGCCAGCCAUUCACCAGUCAUCCACCAGCCACCAACCUGCCAGUAGCCAUCCAGCCAGCCAGCCACCAGCCACCAGCCAGCCAGUCAGCCACCAGCCACCAGCCAGACACCAGCCCACCAGCCAUCCAGCCACCAGCCACCAGCCAGCCAGUCAGCCACCAGCAAGCCAGCAACCAGCCAGCCAGAGAGACCGUCAGCAGCCAGCCAUUCACCAGCCAACCACCAGCCACAAAAGUGCCACCAGCCAGACACCAGCCAGCCAGUCAGCCACAAGCAAGCCAGCAACCAGCCAGCAGCCAGCCAGCCACCAGCAAGCAGCCUGCCAGCCACCAGCCAGUUACCAGCCUGUCGGCCAGCGUUCCAUCCACCAGCCAGCCGGCCAGCCAGCCACCAGCCGGCCAGCCAGCCAGCCACCAGCCAGCCGGCCAGCCAGCCAGCAACCAGCCACCAGCCAGCCAUUCAUCAGCCAGCCACCAGCCACCAGCCUGCCACCAGCCACCAGACACCAGCCAGACAGACACCAGCCAGACACCAGCCAGUCAGCCACCAGCAAGCCAGCAACCAUCCAUCCAACCAGGCAGCAGCCAGCAGCCAGCAGCCAGCCAGCCACCAGCCGACCACCAGCCACCAGCCGACCACCAGCCAGCCACGAUCCAGGUACCAGCCUGCCGUCCAGCCUUCCGGCAACCAGAAAGCCACCAGCCAACCAGCCAGCAAGCAGCCAGCCAGCCAGCCUACCAGCCUGCCUGUCUGCCAGCCAGCCACCAGCCAGCCACCAACCAGCCACUAGCAAACCAGCCUCCAGCCAGCCAGCCAGAAACCAGCCAGCCACCAGCAAAGCCAGGCUCCAGCCAGCCAUCCACUAGCCAGCCAGCCAGCCACCAACCUGCCACCAGCCACUCAGCCAGGCAGCCACCAGCCAGACACCAGCCACCAGCCAGCCAGUCAGCCACCAGCAAGCCAGCAACCAGCCAUCCAACCAGCCAGCAGCCAGCCAGCCACCAGCCAGCAGCCUACCACCAGCCAGCCACGAUCCAGGUAACCAGCAUGCCGGCCAGCCUUCCAGCCGCCAGAAAGCCACCAGCUAGCCAGCCAGCCACCCGCCAGCCAGCCAGCCAGCCAGCCAGCCACCAGCCAACCAGCCUGCCAGCCAGCCACCAGCCAGCCACCAACCAGCCACCAGCAAACCAGCCUCCAGCCAGCCAGAAACCAUCCAGCCACCAGCAAGCCAGGCUCCAGCCAGCCAACAAGCCACCAGCCAGCCAGCCUGCCACCAGCCAGCCAGCCACCAGCCUGCCAGCCAGCAAUCCAGACACCAGCCACCAGCAAGCCAGCAACCAGCCAGUCAGCCAGCAGCCAGCCAUUAGCCUCCAACCUGCCACCAACCUGCCAGCCAGCCAGCAGCCAGCACCAGCCAGUUACCAGCCAGCCACCAGCCACCAGCCAGCCAGCAACCAGCCAGUAAGCCAGCAGCCAGCCACUAGCCUCCAACCUGCCACCAGCCUGCCAGCCAGGCUUCCAGCAACCUGCCAGCCACAAGACAGUUACCAGCAGGCCAGCCAGCCAGCAGCCAGUCAGCCAGCCUGCCAUUAA